CCCCAUGUUCGGCCUUUGCUGUAAAGAGUCAUAAUGGUCAGUCUGGCCAUGGCGUAGGAACGAGUCGUGGUUACGGACUACGAAAAGGGGGCGUGCGGUACCCAUGAUGUAGCACGAUUGCAUCGCCUGCAUGCCGGGGGUGAUCGAUAAUCAUCAGAGCUUGCCAUGAAUGUCGGCGUUAGGGUAGCAGCGUGAAAAACCCACGGACUUGAUGUUGGACGACUGCGAUGAAGCUGCUCGAACUCGUCCUCGUUAUCGCUCUACUGUGCGCCAGCCACCGCUUUCCGGUGAUUUUCACCCUUGUUGCUGCUGGUGACGGUAAGAGUGACAGUACUGACGGGCUUGAGGCGUUGCACAGACACGAGGGAGACGAUACCAGUAAACUAGAACGGAUAGGAGGAGGAGGAGGAAUUCAGGGAGGAGCGCAGGCGCCACAGAGAGGCUUGGAAGUCGAAACGCUUGAGUGGAAGGAGGCACGGGCAGGGAUAGAUGGAUGGGGAGAGCGAGCGUUGCGCUGGAGAAAGUACAAACAGGGGAGAGGGUUGCCGGAAGAGAAUGCGCAGAAAGGACGAGGAGGAAGCGGAGGAGAGACACAAAGUACGGAGCAGCAAGGAGAGGGGCAGAAAGGAAGGCAGGGACGAGAGCGGAAGAGAGGGGGAAGGCAGCAUCGGUUGAGACUGGAAGCAGGGAGCCUCAGCCGUGCUCGGCGCUCGCUGUAUGAACCUGAUGGCGCUGUGAGGGCGCGGCACCACCGGCUGUUCAACUCGUGCUGGAGCGUCCACGAGAGGCGCUUCUACCAGCCGGCAUCAUCUGCCAGCACGCCAAUGACGGAGGAGCUGGUAGCGAGGCUGGAGGCGUAUGCUGAGAGGCAGGCGCGGUGCAUCAAUGGGGUGAAGGACUGGCCUGCCUUCCUCUCCAAUCCCAUGAAGGGACUCAAGGACGGAGUUAAUCUAUCCACUGUCCAGGACUGCUCCUACCUUUAUCAUCUAGAUCCCGCAUACAGCGGCCUGGGCAAUCAGCUGCUCUCGCUCGUCUCCUCCUUCGCCUACGCCCUCCUCACCAACCGCACGCUCAUCAUCAACCCUCACGCCCAGGCAGCCAUCUUCCUCUGCGACCCCUUCGCCUUCAGUCCCUUCCCCUCCACGUGGAUGCCCAUGGACUCGCCCACCUUCGCAGCCCAGCGCAAUGUGAUCAUCAAGCAGUCUCCAAGAUUCGGCACUCCAGCAUACGCUGCAGCCAUGCGAACUGCCACCAACAGCACCCCUACCAUCAAUAAUGCUACCGUUACCAGCAUUAGUGGGGAGGAAAGCGGGGCAAGCGUAGAUUCCACAUCUGCUGCCUCUGAUACUCCUGCAGCAGCAGCAGCUGCUGCUGCGGCCGCUUCUGCUUCUGCAGUAGACAUCAGUAGUGUCAGUGGGGAGAGUAACAGCAGUAGCAGCAGUGACGGCAGCAGCAGCAGCAGCAGGACAAAGGUCAACAUGGUGUAUGUGGAGCUCAAAUUCACUGCAUCAGAGGCAGACCUAGCGUUCUUCUGUCCACAGCACCAGCAGCACCCACACGGCUCCCUUUCCGCUGUUCGCGUCCUUGGUCUGCUGACCGAAGCCUACCUUCUUCCCGCCUUGUACCAUUCUCCUCGCUUUGAGUUGGAGCUGGAGCGGCUGUUCCCCGACCGCCUGCCCCUGAUGCACGUGGCGCGCUACCUGUUGCACCCCGCCAACUACCUCUGGGAGGAAAUCACCCGUGCCUUCCGAGCCUACCUCGCCCCGUACCAACACAGGGUCGGCAUCCAGAUUCGUGAGUUCCAGAAGUACGCACCAGUGGACGAGGUUCUGCAGAGAGUGCUGGAGUGCCUGGUGAAUGAGACUAAAGCGGUUCCCCCCAUUGUGUCACACGAGGACUGGGAGAAGCUGACGAAGCAGCCGCCUCCCAGCAAUGCGACCCUACUGAGCCAAGUGGUGGGAGAGGAAGGAGGAGAGCAGGGUGGGGUCCAGGAAGUGCAGCAGGAGGGGGGUGAGGCGAAGCAAGAACAGGGCAACGAUACGGAGGAGGAAAGGGAGAAGGAGCGCUUGGAUGGCGCACAGAAGGGGUUGGGCAGGGAGGGGGGCGGUGGAGGGAUGAAGGGGGAGGAAUCCGCUGGUGGGGAGAGGAGAAGGCAAGGGAGUGUGGGGGUGUUUGUGGCGUCGCUGCGGGCGGCUUAUGGGGAGAUGCUGAGGGAGAUGAGCACAGAGGGGCGGCCAGAGGGAGGAGGGGAGAUCGCUGUGAGCAUGCUAAGCCAUGAGGGCACUCAGCAACUGCGGGAGAAGAAGCAGGCAGAGAGGGCUCUAAGGGAAAUGUGGCUUCUAUCUAUGUGCGACACUCUUCUCAUCACAGACACGUCAACCUUUGGCUACAUAGCAGCAGGCCUGGCAGGCGUUCAUCCCCACUCUCUCAACAUUGUGGCUCGGUACCACAGCGACUGGCGCAAGAACAACCGAACCUCCUGCUCCCGAACCUCCCCCGAACCGUGCUACCUGUCGAUAUUCGACGUCAAGUCCAGGCAUAUUCAGUGCCCUGGCACCCCUCCAGUCACCACACCUGCAGAUGUCUCCUCCCUUGUCGAAUCGUGUCCCAACUUUGGCAUGGGCCUCUCAAUUGUGCAAAAAGGUACGGGAGACAACCCUUAGGGCUGACUAUGAGGGUGUAUUUCCUAGGCGCCUAUCAAGAAGAGGCACAGAAGACAGCCUGUAAUGCUGCCCAUGGGUGUCAGGUUGUCUCUUUUUUUGCGUUAAGUAUGAACCUGUCUAUCUUUGCAGCCUCCCCCCAGACAUGGCUGCCAAUGACAGCAUGAAUUAAAUGUGCACCGUGAUGAAAAGGGAAUUGUUUCACAUUGCAGGCUGGUAGAUUACUGCAAGAUGCUACAUGCCUGGUAUCAAGCCUAAACAGCUUCAGGCUUAGAGUGCUUCAGGAAGGAAAAGGGGUUCUCAGUGCUUUAGUGCUUUAUAGGUCCUUUGAUCACCGAAAGAGAGCAGGCGCGAGCAGUGCCAUCACACCAGAAACGAGACAGCUUAUAACGGAGGCAUAGCUGCAGC